AUGUCGAACACCACAAACCAAACGUACUCGUGGCCGAGCAAGACAGUCAAGACCGAGUACCCACUCAUCGACAAUGACCCACAUUUUAAGCGCGUGAUUCGGUACGCCCGGCCGUCCGACUACGCGCAUGGCGCCGUGGCCGCCGCCGCUGGCCCCGGCCUGCUUUACGCCAUGGAGAGGUUCGCCCCGUCGCAGGUUGGCAAGGGCGGGUUCGCCCAGGCCAUGCGGCUGUGCGGCUUUAUUGGCGUUGCCGGCGGCUUCCUCUAUUUCUACCAGCGCUCCAUCCUUCGGUUCUACGGCAUGAGCGAAAACGCCCGCGAGGUCGAGAUGGAUAUGCGCGAGAUGGUCGACAAAGUCAAGCGUGGCGAGCCGCUCUACGGCGAGAGCAAGCUGACCCCCGCCAUGCAGGGCGUUGCCGCCCGCCAAUCCAGGUACUCGGCGCUGUUCUUCGGCGUCCUCCCAUGGUUCAACUUUGUGAAUCACAGCCAACACGGCGUCGAUACGGCCAAGUACUAUCAACAGGCGGAAAGGGAAUUGGAGGCGGAGCGCCUGGCGAAGGCAAAGGGCUCGUCAUGA